AUGUUCUUUGCAGGGACUUUGGAAGAGGGCAUCUCUACCGCUCUCCAGCAGUCAAAGCAAGUCGUAUGCUUUGUUACAGAUGGCGAAGAGGAGAGCCAGCAAUGGGAGACUGAAUUUCUCACCGAGGACACGGUCAAAACACACCUCCAAACGCAUGCCGUGACCUUGCGGUUGCAGGCUGGGUCAACAGAGGCGGGGUACCUCGAGGCGCUAUUCCCAGUGCCGCGAAAGCCCACCGUCGUCAUCAUUGAAAAUGGUCAACUCAAGGAGUAUAUUGCAGCAGGUACGACAAGGGAGGAGUUUUUGCGCAGAGUAAACCGGACGCUCGCGGGAUCCAGUGCUCAAGCACCACAAUCAGCACCGCAACAGGUGACCACGGCGGGCGAAAGUAAUAGCCCCGAUCAGGAAUCUCUGGCCUCGCCUCAGGUACAAGCACUCCUAGUCGAGCGCGCCGCCCGUCUGGAAGCCGAUAAGAAGGCCAAGGAGCAAGCAGCCAAGGCCGAAGCCAAGAAGCGCGCCGAGGAGCGCCGCGCCGCCGAACAAGGGGAAGACGCCGCCGAGAGUUCCAAGAUCAAGGCCGCCGAGAGCAAGUAUGCCAAUCUGCUGCGCAAGAAGAAGCAGGACGAGCGCGACGAGCGUCAGCGCAUCCUCCGACGCAUUGAGGACGACAAGCGCGAGAGGCGGGAGCGCGAGGCCCAGGAGCGGCAGGCCCGGCUGCUUCUGGCGGCAGCAGAGGACGACGGCGCUUCAGUAAAGCCUCAGCAUAUCGAAGAAAUUCCGCUUCCGGCCCGUAGCUUUGGGACCCACUGCAGUCUUCAAAUUCGUCUGCUCGAUGGCUCGACUAUCCGGAAUCGCUUUCCCACUGAUGCAAAGUUGGGCAAGGAGGUUAGAGAAUGGAUUGAUGAGAAUCGGACAGACAGCGACGAGCCGUAUACGUUCCGGAUCGUUUUGACGCCACUACCCAACAAGGCAGUCGAGCCGGCCGAAGAGGCAGACAGUCUUGGAGAUCUAGGACUCUCUCCCUCGGCGACGAUCGUAUUGGUUCCCCGGGUGAGGGUAGCGACGGCAUUCCAACAGACUGGUGGCGUGCUGUUCCGUGCUUGGUCGGGUCUAUAUGCACUGCUCUCCAUGAUUAUAGCCUUUCCAUUGACAUUUGUUGGCGCCGGACGAUCACACCCCGACGAGACCAGGCAAGGCGUUGCCAUGGAUAACCUCAACGGUCAGGACUCGACAGCACGCGGGCAGGACCAGAGGAUCAGAGGCUUCCAAAACCCGGACGACCGGAGGCGCGAUCAGCAAUUAUACAAUGGUAAUUCAUUGAAUUUUGAGCCCAGAAAUGAUGAAGACAACCAAGAAGAGCAUUAA